GGCCUUGCUUGCUGGGAGCUGAGAAGCUGAGAGGCCCCUGCCUGCUAGUCCUCAACUCUUGGCACUGGCGGUGGCUUGGGCUUCACAUACUGUCAGACGCCUUCUUGGAGGCCUCCAUAGCCUCACCUUCCAGAAGAGACCUCAGCCUCUAGAACAUAAAGACUCAGGUCUUGCCUCCCAGGCUUGAAGCUGGCUCCACAAGGGACGCGGUGACAUGAGGGGCAACCCACUGAUUCAUCUCCUGGCCAUCUCCUUCCUCUACCUCCUCUCAAUGGUGUGUGCCCAGCUGUGCCCGACAUCCUGUGCCUGUCCCUGGAUGCCGCCCCAGUGCCCACUGGGGGCAAACCUGGUGCUGGAUGGCUGUGGCUGCUGUCAAGUGUGCGCCCGGCGGCUCGGGGAGUCCUGCGACCACCUGCAUGUCUGUGACCUCAGCCAGGGCCUGGUUUGUCAGCCCGGGACAGGCCCCGGUGGCCGGGGGGCAGUGUGCCUCUUGGAAGAGGAUGACGGGAGCUGUGAGGUGAACGGCCACAGGUACCUGGAUGGGGAGACGUUUCAACCCAAUUGCAGGGUCCUCUGCCGCUGUGACGACGGUGGCUUCACCUGCCUGCCGCUGUGCAGUGAGGAUGUGCGCCUGCCCAGCUGGGACUGCCCACGCCCCAGGAGAGUGGAGCUGCCCGGGAGGUGCUGCCCCGAGUGGGUGUGUGACCAGGGAGUCACGCCUGGGAUCCAGCCGUCCAUGGCCCAGGGACAUCAACUUUCUGCCCUUGUCACUCCUGCAUCCGCCGAUGUCCCCUGUCCAAAAUGGAGCACUGCCUGGGGCCCCUGUUCCACCACCUGUGGCCUGGGCAUAGCCACCCGAGUAUCCAACCAGAACCGAUUCUGCCAACUGGAGAUCCAGCGCCGCCUGUGUCUAUCCAGACCCUGCCGGGCAGCCAGGGGACGUAGCUCGUGGAACAGCGCCUUCUAGACCCAAGCCAGGGAUAGGGACAUGAAGCCUGACGUUCUCAGCAGGUGUCCCUCGGGCCAGGCCCUGGACGGAUGACAGAUACCCCCAUCCAUGCUCUCAGCUGCAGUUAACUGUCCUGGUAGGGUUCGUUGUCCAGGGCCGCUGAGAGAUGCCUGCUCUGUCUGAGGGCAGUGGGACAUAUGACCAGCGUCGUUUCUCUGAAUCAGCCUGGGGUUCUGACCCAUCUGCCUAAUUCCUUAUCAAACAAGCACAUACAGGACGGCGUUCUCUUCAAAUGUCCAUGUGCAAAAAGGACAACUGAAAGGACCUUCAAAGCUAGGCUGUGCUGGGCAGGCCUGGCCACCAAGCUGGGGACAAUGGCCAUGAGGGGUACCAGGCCGCAGAUUGCCUGAAACUCCCAGGUCCCUUCUUGGACUUCUGGGUGCUUGUCUCCAAAGAUCGUGGAUGGACUGUAAGUCUGGUUUCCCUGGUCUGAGAACACCCUGCCUGCCCAGGAAGAAUUCAGGGGCAGAAUUCUCUGUGAACAAGAAGAGAUGAAAUCACAUUGUCCUUAUCGAGAUCCAUGAACUUCACUUUGUAUCUGUAAGAAUGGACAUUUCUUAAGCACUCGCAAAGCAGGAGGCGCCACACUCCUGGCAGCCAGGGCCUUUCCCUUCAACACGAGAAAGGCAAGGGACAGCAGAGUACCCUCAUUUGGAGGGCUAGACCAGCCUUGGAUAAAAAGCCGAGCCAAGCGUGGAGUUCAGUUUGGUGUCUUGUGUUUUUGUAUCAAAACAAAACAAAAU